CGUAACUGAAUCCGCCGCUGCUUGAUCUCAUCGCCAUUGGGAUCGUCUGAACUAAUUUGAACUCGUCUGAACUGUCUGAACCCGUCUCGGUCCGUGUCCGACAACAAGCUGCGUCUCCCUGGAUCGCACACUCGCCGUCGCUUCGGAUAUCGCCAGGCCUCGCCCUCUCAGCGACCCUUGUCCCGUCCUCCAGUCCAUCCACCAGAGACUGCACUGCAAGUUUUGUCCUUUUUCUCUCCAUCCCUCCUCCAUCACUCCACACGUCACUCUCCUCAUCGCAAAAAUGCCCAUGGUAUUGGAGGAGUGGUACUAUGAGGUGCCCAUCAUCACCCGCACAUACCUUACGAUGGUCAUUAUGACCACCGCGGCCUGCCUGCUCAAACUGGUAUCGCCGCUAUGGCUCUAUUUCCAUUGGGAACACAUCUACCGGGACCGAGAGUACUGGCGCCUCAUCACCAGCUUUCUGUUUGUUGGCGAAUUCUCCGUCGACUUUUUCUUCCACAUGUUCUUCCUGACGAGAUACUCGCGCAUGCUGGAAGAAGGCUCGUUCCGGGGCAGAACCGCGGACUAUUUUUGGAUGCUGUUCCUCGUGGCGGUGUGCUUGAUUAUCAUCCAUCCCUUGAUGGGAUUCGGCAAGUCCAUUCCGUUCCUCUCGUCACCGCUAUCCUUCGUCCUCGUGUAUGUUUGGUCCCGGCGCAACCCAUACGCACGCAUGGGCAUUUUCGGCUUCAACUUCAAUGCGCCGUAUUUGCCGUGGGUUAUGCUGGGCCUCUCGAUCACACUGCACAAUGUGUGGCCCUGGGGCGACCUGCUUGGCCUGGUCAUCGGGCACAUCUACUAUUUUCUGGACGAUGUCUAUCCGAACCUGGCCCCGAACGGCCAGCUGGUUGUCUCGGAUCCGCCACUGCGACCGCACUACCUCCGGGCGCCGGCCUUUGUCAAGAUCAUCAUGGCGGAGCUGACCCGCGACCACCGCGAUCCUCACCUGAAUCCGCUGCUGGGGAAUCUGAAUCUGCCCGUGCCGCAGCCUACCGAGCAGCAGUAUCCGCCGCAGCCCGCGACCGCUCCAGAAACAUCCCCGGAUGUCUCGGCGACAGCCACCACGUCCUCGGCCCGGCUUGGAGAUGCCGGCCUCCCGAACGAAGCCUCGUCGAGCAGUGGUCCGGCCGCCGGGGCAUCGCCGUCAUCGUCAUCGUCAUCGUCGACCCAUGGACCAAGCACUGCACUCAACCCCGAGGUGGCCUCGCCGCUCGUCGACGCUCAUUGAUAUCGCUGUGAUGGAGAAGGAGCCAAGCAACGAAAGAGGCAGCCCUGGUUCCGGCACUUGUCAACACGAGCGACGGGCCGAGCGAGCUGCCCGUGCAUGUCGUAUCUGCGAUAAAUAGAGAUGCCGCUGUGGCCUUGUCGUGAUA